UAACCAGACGGUGCCAAUUCUCUUCCUAUUAGACAUUCUCUGAUAGGCUAUGUUAGGUGUUUUCUGUUCUAUGGCCAUAAGCCUCUAAUUAGGCUAAUAAGCUGGGCUUUGUUGUACAAGACCAAACUACGACGAACAAUUUGUGAUAGUCUAGCCUGAAAACAGUUGAACCGAAUUUUUGAAAGGCUUGGGCAUUUUUAGUCGUGCGUCACGAAUGGAGUUGGUCUGGUUAAUCUUAUUCCGUGUAUUAGUAAAUAAGCGGCCUAUUUGCAAGCUGUUAAAUUGGUGGUCUGUGUAAGGGUACGGGUUAGGCAGAUGCUGCGCUCAAAAAAGAGCUAGGAAGGAUAGGCCUGCGUAAAUGCUCUGCGAUUGUAUUUAUUUAGAAACCUCUACAGAAACCGACUUUCUUAUUAAGUUAGGCCUAAUAAGCAGUCUCUUUGAUGCAAACACAUAAACGGUGAUUUGUUGUCAGAAUCAUUAGAAGUGUGCAAGGUAGGCUAUGAAUGAAAUUUGAUGUCACGAAUUAAGAUCUGCCCUCGAGAGCUGAAGUUCUCGAUAUCAACAGGACAGGACUGUUGGCGAAAAGUCCUUGCACUCUAGGCUUGGAUAGGGAGACAAAGGCUCAGUCGUUGAUUGGUUGGUCUCUCCACGUCCGCAGUCACCUCGUAGCGCAAGCAGCCAAGCCUUCCAUUCACAUGUAAAUGGGGCCUCAUAAAUGCCUUCUACAAUUGCCCACUUUGCACAGUAUAUGUAGUGCUUGUUAGCGCGCAGUGUGUGGAUCUUUGUCUCUAACGGGGCUCGCCUACCAUCUGCCAUCUGCACCAUUCAAGAUCGUAACGGUAGUCUGCAUUCUGUUCUCGACUCCAUUCCACUGUACGGGAUAGCAACAUGGCCCCUACCUCUAAAUCGGAACUCAGUCGGAGUGAAGACGAAUAUUACGGCAUUAAAGGAGAUCGAAAGACGAGAAAGCCAUUGGUGGAGAAAAAGAGAAGGGCACGCAUCAAUGAAAGUUUGCAAGAGCUCAGAACACUGCUGGCAGACGUAGAUGCACCAUCAAAAAUGGAGAAUGCUGAGGUUUUAGAGAUGACUGUUAAACGUGUGGAGACCAUUCUUCAAAAUCGUGCGAAAGAGACGGAGAAUGUUAACCGGGAGGCAAGUGAAAGGUUUGCAGCUGGGUACAUUCAGUGCAUGCACGAAGUCCACACUUUCGUGUCCAACUGCCCAGGGAUCGACGCCACGAUAGCAGCAGACCUCUUAAACCAUCUUUUAGAAUGCAUGCCUUUGAAUGAUGAGGAUUGUUUCCAAGAUCUUCUGUCGGAUUUGAUGUCAGACUCACCGAACAGCACUUCAAGUGAAGCAAUGCUGUCACCUGGGGGAAGAAGUGGUUCCAGUGGAAGCACCUCUGCCCUCUCACCGUCUCCCUCUACUACCUCCGAUGACCUCAGCUCCGACCUGGAUGAGACGGACAGUGAGCAGAGUCACAUCUCUACAGAUGUGGAACACCAAGACACCCCUAGCACUGCAACCAUGUAUUAUUCUAAGUCCAUGUGGAGGCCUUGGUAGCCAAAGUGUGACGACUUUAAUUGUCUUAGAGAAAGAGAUCAUUAAUUUAUGAAAUGGAAUAUAAUAAAUUAGCCUAGGCAGUUAAAGGCAUUAGGCCAUAUUUGAACACGUUCACUACUAAUUUGCCUAGUGGGUUCUUAAAAGCUCUUUUCUUCCAUGUGAAAACUUUGUAUGCAUUCGAAUAAUCGUUUGUAUUUAAUGUUUUACCUAGCCUAUGUAUUAGCAUUUGUUUGGUCUUUUUGUAUGAUUGCUGCGCACAGAUGUAAAUAUUUAAUUGUGAGGCUUUCCUAAGUAGGCAGUGGGAAAUAGUAAGUGGACCGGGCUACUACAUUACAACUGUUUUAUCACAUUGUAUCAAUUAAGUGCUUGCUCGCCCAUGACCACAUAAAGAUAACUUAAUUUCCCUGACAAGAGAUUCAAUUUUGACUUUCAUUAAAUGCAUUUCC